AUGUCUUCCUCUUCUUUGCAUUCAUCUUCUUCGUCCGGGGGUGGUGCGAUGGAGAAUCGACGCGGGGUGAAUAAGGCGAAUAAAAAGACGACGACAACAUCGGAUGACAUUCGGGAAUCCAUAUUUUUCGACGAAUCCCUCCAGUUCUUGUCGUUCAACCAAGACGGAGGCUGUUUUGCGGUCGGGACCGAUUCCGGGUUCCGAAUAUUCAACUCGGACCCGUUCAAAGAGACGUUUAGGCGAGAUUUCGACGGCGGCGGGGUUGGGAUCGUGGAGAUGCUGUUUCGGUGCAACAUACUCGCGCUCGUUGGAGGUGGCGCGGUGCCGAAAUAUUCUCCGAAUAAAGUGAUGAUUUGGGACGAUCAUCAGGCGCGGUGUAUCGGCGAGUUGAGCUUUCGGGUUCCCGUGAGAGCGGUGAAGCUGAGGAGGGACAAGAUUGUGGUGGUUUUGGAGCAUAAGAUUUACGUGUAUAAUUUCUCGGAUUUGAAGAUUGUGCAUCAGACGGACACGUGGGGGAACCCGCACGGGAUUUGUAGUUUAAGUCCGACGCAAGAAAGCUGCGUCAUGGCCUGUCCUGGGUUGAUUCGAGGUCAAGUGCGAGUGGAAUUGUACGAACCGCAAAACGUGACCAAGUUUAUUCAAGCGCACGAUUCACCGUUGAGGUGCGUGGUGUUGAGUUUAGACGGGAGUUUAGUCGCCACGGCGAGCGAGAAAGGGACGCUAGUUCGAGUGUUUGAUUGCCAGAGCGGGUGUUUGUUGCACGAGUUUCGCAGAGGGACCGAUCGGGCGACGAUUUACUCCUUGGCGUUUAGUAAAGAAAAAGAGUGGUUGGUGUGCACGAGCGAUAAAGGGACGGUGCAUUUGUAUAGGAUACCGGAAGGAAGCGUCAUGGGUGGUGGUGGUGGUGGUGGUACAGGAGAGAUGACACAUAGUAAUAGUAGCGAUAACAUAGCAGCACGGGAUCAUCACCAUCACUACCACGCGAACAGUGGAAACAACACGCCGACGCAUAACAACAACGGCCAUCGAGCGCCGCCGCAAAGUCCGAUGACGCCGAAAUCGCCGUCAUCGAUGUUGCAGUCGGUCAUUUCCAUGGGCGUCGCCGCGAACGUUUUACCAAAAUAUUUACAAGCGGAACGAUCGUUCGCGCAGUUUCGCAUGAACACCGGCGGAGGAGGGGUCACUCCUGCUGGAAACUACCACGGAGAGAGCGAUCAUCAUCGAACGAGCGAGUUCCCGGAGCAUUCGUUUGGAUUUUGUAAAGCCUCGUUUUCGACGUCGAAAGACAAUCGAAUAGUCGUUAUUUGUGCGGACGGGAAUUACUACAAGUUGGAAUUUGACCCGGUGAAAGGCGGGAGCAUGUCCUCCGUGGAUUACGGAAAGUUCGGAUAG